AUGUAUCUUUUUCAUUUUGUUUAUAUCUAUCUAUCUAUCUAUCUAUCUAUCUAUCUAUCUAUCUAUCUAUCUAUAAUUUUUAGAUUUUUUUGUUAUCAUCUAUCUUUUGAUCUUUUUCAGUUUUUUCAUAUGUAUGUUUUUUAUUUUGUUUAUGUCUGUCUAUCUAUCUAUCUAUCUAUCUAUCUAUCUAUCUAUCUAUCUCUACCCGUUUAUAUCCAUCUUUUUUUAAUUUGUUUAUAUCUAUCUAUCUAUCUUUUCUGUCUCUUCAUGCCCCUCUAUCUCAUUUUUUCUCCCUUCCUCGCCAUCCCUCUUUUUUUUUCUCUCUAUACUCUCUCUCUCUCUCUCUCUCUCUCUCUCUUCUGUUCAUGUCUAUCUAUCUAUCUAUCUAUCUAUCUAUCUAUCUAUCUAUCUAUUUAUUUAUUUUUUCCGUCUUCUGUUCAUAUCGAUCUAUCUUCUUUUAUAUUGUAUCUAUCUAUCUAUCUAUCUAUCUAUAAUUUUUUUACCUGCUCAUAUCUAUCUAUCUAUCUAUCUAUCUAUCUAUCUAUCUAUCUAUCUAUCUAUCUAUCUAUCUAUCUAUAUUUUUUUGAGUCUCUUUUUCAAUUUGUUCAUAUCUAUCUAUCUAUCUAUCUAUCUAUCUAUCUAUCUAUCUAUCUAUCUAUCUAUCUAUCUAUCUAA